AUGUCUGUUUGGAACCCAGACAACAUCCGCGAUGUGGCAGAGUCCGUCGGAAUCUCAAAUCUUAGCAAGGAUGUGACUGAAAACCUCGCCCGAGAUGUUGAGUAUCGUAUUGCUCAGGUAUUAGAAGAAGCUCUGAAAUUUAUGCGCCACGGACGACGGACGGUGCUCACGACACAAGACAUCUCCCACGCCUUGCGGGUGCUCAAUGUUGAGCCUCUAUAUGGAUACGAGUCGACUCGUCCGCUGCGUUUUGGAGAAGCAUCGCUGGGUCCUGGACAACCUUUAUUCUAUGUUGAGGACGAAGAGGUGGACUUUGAAAAGUUGAUCAAUGCUCCGUUGCCAAAAGUGCCUCGGGAAGUUACAUUUACCGCGCACUGGCUUGCUGUCGAAGGUGUACAACCACUAAUCCCCCAAAACCCUACAUCGAACGAAUCCCGUAACCUCGAACUGGUCGCCAAGGGUCCCAAUGCCAACCCCAACCUGGCUGCUAUGAGCGGUAACCAGAAUACCGCCGUCAAACCACUCGUCAAGCACAUAUUGUCCAAAGAACUACAACUUUACUUUGAGAAAGUAUGCAACGCUUUCCUCGACCCGUCUAGUGAGGAGUACAGAACAUCGGCAUAUUCAAGUUUACGGGAGGAUCCUGGUCUACAUCAACUUGUGCCAUACUUUGUGCAGUUUAUCGCCGAGAAAGUCACGCACAGUUUGAAUAAUAUUUUUGUCUUGACGCAAGUUAUGCGAAUGGCCGAGGCGUUGAUACAGAACCAGUUUCUUUAUAUCGAUCCAUACAUCUCCGCCCUCGUGCCACCGGUUCUCACGUGCCUCGUCGGUCGUCAGUUUGGCGGCAGCAAUAACGAAUUGUCCGAGCAAUUCGCCUUACGUGAGCUUGCAGCAUCACUGCUAGGGAUGAUCUCAAAGAAAUAUUCCCAUGCAUCACACACUCUGAAACCCCGGAUUGCACGAUCGUGUCUCAAGAACUUUUUGGAUCCUGCGAAACCGUUCGGAACUCACUACGGAGCCAUCAUGGGCCUGCAUUCACUUGGUGGUGCUGAUGUAGUGCGUGAACUUAUCUUACCGAAUCUCAAGCCGUAUGACAAGCUGCUACGCGAUGCCAUUGCCGAAGAGGGGCCACGACGACCCGAGGCGGAAAAAGUACUUGGCUUGUUAUUGUCGGUUCUUUCCUCAUUGCAGGAAGACCGCGCUCACCUUACUAACGGCCAUCCGACUGUUGUAUCCGAUGAGCUCCGCGAGCAGCUGACGGAGAAAAUCGGCCAGUUGCUUGCGACUAGGAUUGCGGAUGCAGGGGAGGUACAAUUAGCGCGUGCUAUUUUGGCGCAAUAUUAA